AUGGACACUCUCGACUCAAACAAUCUUAACUCAACUUCCUCAGAACCACAACUCAAAGUUCUCAAAACAUUCGCAGAAACAACUGCAAACUCACUAUUCCCAAAGAAAGAUCAAGCUAUAGUAUUUAGCACAAUUGAAGAUGUCCCUCAAAUUGAGUACAUAAAAGCAUUCAGUCAAAUAACAUCUCCAAAAAAUAUCAAAUUUGCAUCGCGUAUAUCCAACAACAGGUUUUGCAUAUAUUUUGCCAGCAAGGACAUUGUUGAGCAAAUCAUCACUCUACAACCUUACAUCGUCGUAAAUAACAUACAAAUAACGUACCGCCGUCUUAUCAACCCGGCCAAAAGAAUUAUUAUAUCAAACGUUCAACCUAUUAUUCCACAUGAUACAAUCACAAAAGCAAUUACCAAUAUCCCGAUUAGAAUUAUCUCUCCGAUUACAUUUAUGAAAGCCGGUUUUGGUAAUGAGGAGUAUGAUCAUAUAGGCAGUUUUCGACGACAACUAUAUAUACACCCUGAUGACCACGAAAAAAUGCCGAGUUCAAUUUUAAUAAAUUUUGACCAAACUGAUUAUCGAUUAUUUCUCUCUGAUGACACUGUAAUUUGUUAUCUAUGCAAACAAAACGGCCACACAACAAAUCACUGUAAAAACGUAAUCGAAAAUAAAACAUCAUCUAGUCGCAACAUCAACGCAACUCCUACCACCGGAGACCAUAAUACAAAAAAUCACACACAGAAAAUACCAAAUAUAUCAAACAUACCGGACGCCUCUACUUACCCAUCAACUAUUAUUGAAAACAUUCCCCACCAAACAACUAGUAUGAUCUCUCAAAGCCAAGAGCCAGUCGAUCAAGGUAAAAGACCAUCACCGUCUGAAUUGAAUAAUUCUCUAAGCCCUAUCUCCGACCAAGCUCCUACAGUGGACACUAAUGAAAAUACCACGGUAUCGGACAGUAAUGCUGAUAAUUUAUUUGAAAAGGUAUUUUAG